AUGAGUUGGAAGCGACUCAAUGCACUGAUCAGCAGUAUUCAUACGUUGAAAAAAUUACUGCACAAGGCGGGAGACUUGAUCAAGUUGGCCGUUGUUGAUGGUCUCUCCAGUCGACGGGGUGUCUAUCGGGUGACGGGGGAGAAGCGCUGCAUAUUCCCUCCGCCGAAUUGCCAGUCAACUGCUUUGACGCUUGACCAUCAACUUCAACCUCAACCUCAACCUCAACCUCAUCACCAAAUGAACAACAUCAUCACUCACAGACAACUACAAAUACCCUCAGCCAGCUUCAAAAACACCCGCUCGCUAAAGCUUUGUCGACCUUAUCACUCAGCUGAAUACUUAUACCGCCCUGCGAACAACAAGCUUCAAUACCGACUUCCUCUAUCCUGCUCGAACCUCAAGCUAAAUGACGUCACUCAACCCCUCAUCAAGACAGCAAGAACGAAUUCCUACAGCUCUCUUCUUCCUACCCAUCAUCCUCAACACUCCAUCGAUUCCACAAGGAGGUCAUUCCAUUCCAGCCCACCCAGAAAAGAUCUCUUUGGUUUCGGUGUCUUCUCAUGUUCAAUUCCGAUCUUCAAGUCUUUCCUUCUCUCGUUGACUCGAGGCACACUGGUGAUCUUGCCGUUCUGGUACCGCUGGAAACUGGCCCGACACUUUCCGCGUGCCUCCCGGACGCUCUUGACGAUUCCACUGUUUGCAAUGUGUCUGGUAAUCGCCAUCGGGAUCGACCAAAGUCCACGGACCCAUCGCUGGCGAUUGUUGUUAAUGUCAGAGGCCGAGGAGAUGGAAUGGUCCCGUCGUAGGUUCGAGGACCUGGUCAGCACAGAUGGGGAUCUGAUCGUAGGCCCACAAGACCCGAGAACUCAGAUGGUCAAGGAAAUCUGCGACCGGUUGAUGACCGCCUUAGAUCUUGACUCACCCGUCUCCGCAGCCGCCUGGCCCAGAAACCCUGAGAUCGAUGAACAACAUCACUUCGGGCGUCGUGUUGAACCGUCAAGAAAGGAGAUCAAAUCUAGCGCUACAGCCAGCUCGGAUCUUUUGCCCUGGAAACCUGAAUCCAGCAAUCCAGAGAAAAAGCUGGAGUCCAACGAUUGGGAGCUUUUCAUUAUUGACUCACCACGAAUCAACGCGUUCGUCCUUCCAACAAAAAAGAUAUUUGUAUACACGGGUCUCCUCGAGCUGAUUCAAAACAGUGAAGAAAUGGCCGCGGCUGUGAUAGCGCAUGAAGUGUCACAUGUGGUUGAGAGACAUGCAGUUGAGAACUUAGGCUUCUCGGCCCUCUCAGCAGUCGUCUUUGACGCCAUGAGAGGCGUAUCUUACGCUCUCACUAUUUCUUUCCCCCUUCUCUCAGACGGCCUUGCUUUCUGCAUUAAUUACUUGAAUGACGUCGUGGUUCAAAAAGCUUAUAGUCGAAAAUUGGAAACUGAAGCUGAUGAACUGGGAUUGAUGAUUAUGGCUCGAGCUGGCUACAAUCCAGGUGCCGCAGUGAAACUAUGGAAUCUCCUCAACCGACUGGAAGAAGACCAGGAAACCAGCCAUGGCAGUAGUGGCAUAGGAUGGCCAGAGACAAUCCCAUGGACCAGGACUCACCCGACUUGUAAAGAUCGAGGACUGACUAUCCAGAAAGCCUUGCCCAAAGCUCUGAAAUAUUUCCAUCAACCACAGCCUUCGUCUUUCCCAUCAAACUCUACAACAGCUUCCACGUCUCCAUCCCUUUCAUGAUCCAAGAAUCCCGUGACAUCAACCAGUCGGCUACUUUAUCCAAUCACUAGCAAAUCUUCGUUUCUUCUUCUUUAAUAUUGUCUCUAUAAACAAGCAAGUCUUCUUAAUAUACAUCCUCUCUUCGGUUUCUUUCACACCCUUCUCCAUAUAUGAGGUAUUAUUGUUUGCACAACGGUCUUCACUUGAUCAUUUCCCUCAGAUAAUCUUGUUCACUUUAGUAUACAUACAGGAGGUGCAACACUAUGUACUCGUCAAUUUUAUUCUAAUGAUGUACUAUUUUUAUCACGUAGCUAUGUGUUGUUCCUCCUCUUCUAUUAUCAAUCUGUUGUUGUACCUGCUUGCCUGCUUCGCAUUCUUCUUUCAUUUGGUCUUUUGCAUUUUUCUUUUGUUCUUUUUUCAGAAUUUGUGUUCUGUGUUUCAAUGAGAGAUUGCAUACAUUUUCCAGCCUCAAUAUUUU